CGGGCGAGGCAGUGCCGCUCUCGCGUUCGUUCCCUUGGCUGGUUCGCGGCGCCUGCGGGACAGGAAUUCCUCGGAAACCCUUUGUGCUCUGCGGAAAAAAUUGAGGCCGUGGUUGUUUACAUAUUUUGUUGCUUUUUUGCUUUCUCGUGGUUACUGGGAAUGGAAGUGUAAAUUUAGAUAUCUUGUUCUCGCGUGCGUUUGCCUUUCGUCAGAGCAAGAUGUGACAGGGUGUAUUUUUUUUCUUCGAAAUACGAAUGUGCUUGUGGACCGUGCCUUCGUCCCUCGGGGUGCAGUGAACGAUCGAGCAUGAGCGAUCGAUGUCGAAUAGAGAUCGGGACGGAUUAACCAAGCAGAGAGAGAGCGUCCUGUCCUGUUCCGUCCCGAGGAGCACCGUCGACCUUGAUCCUUGUGGCAGGACCCGGCGGCGAUGGCCAAGUAUGGUGCCAAGAGGCGCCCCCUUUCCUGUGAGAUGAACCUGAGCGUGAUUCAGGAGGAGGGCCUCGACAACCUACGGCAGCAGGGGCCGGCAAGAGGCCACCCGAGGCUCGAGAAGAGGAGGAGCUUGAGCGUGACCAACGACUUCAUGCUCAAGUGGAACGAGGUUGCCGUCGAAGGCGAGGACGAACAGGAUCACGACGGCGGCGCAGGAGAGGAGUCGGAGCUGGGUGAGGAGUCUAGGGACGACGCUGCGGAGCACGCGCAACUCUCCUUCGUCGACCGGCAGGCAACGGUAGAUGACGGCGGGGACUUAUCCGAAGGAGGGGAGCUUUCGGAAGGCGAGACGCUAAGCUCCGACGAGUGCGACGGCGCCGAGCUCGGGGACAGCGCGGGCUCCGGACCCCCCCUGAGAGGUAACGCGGAGCCGUUCGCCGUCCCGCAGCGGCGGGAGAGCGCCCCGGAGCACGUGGGCCUCGUGCCUCUCCUGAGGACCAUGUCGAAGACGUCCCUGGACAACUUCGAGAUCGACAGCGCUGGUCGCGUCGUGGCCUCGCGGCCGAGGGCGGGCCGGGCCCAGAGCGCGGACCUGAGCGCCCAGAGGAGGGGCCGACGGAGCCCGGGCGUGCUCUCGGCCUUGUGGAAACGCACGUCCAACAUCAUAAAGCGCGGGUUCCAGGAGGUUGACCUCGCCGAGUCGCUGGAGUUCGCCGAGACGUCGUCGCUCUUCGACAGACGCAGCUCGUACACGUCGCAGGAGUCGCUGCCGGGGGCGUACAGGCUCUCCUCCGACAACGAGAGCAGUCCUUUCCCUGUGUCCCGUCGUGGCGUCAACGGCCUCCGACAGUGCGAUUCCCUCGAAAAUGUUUGCGAUUCUUCACAUGAAGACCAGAUAGAGAAUGGACUUGGUCUGGCCGCGCAACCAGCUGCCGCCAACGCCAUCUCGCUGCCGCACAUCCACCAUCUGUCGGAUUAUGACGACGACACCGCAGGCCACGACACCAACACUGAAAACGACCAGGAGAACGACGUCGCGAAAUCCACGUCACAAGCUGCGAGUACAUGAUGGUGGUGCUGGAGUGUGCAGUCGACCCCCACGAGGAGUUCGUGCAGGCGUCGCGAGGAACGACCCUGAGUUUGGUUCACGGCAGGAGUCGAGAGAACCUUGUGUCAGGAAACUCUCAUGUCAGGAGAAGCAAACGCUAUAUAAAAAGAAAAAACUUGUUAGAAGAUAACAUGAGAGGAACAAAAUGA